UACACACCUUCAGCAACGAACACAGUUUGAAGUUUUUGUCUUGGGAAAAGCACAGGUUAGCAGGUUCAUCAUGUCUAUCAGUGAAGAUAAAGAAUUAGAGCGUAAAUAUGCCAAGAUAGCUCAAGAAGCUUCAGAUCCUCUGGAGAAACUACAGGCUGCUCUGCUAAGRAGAGGAGUCAACAGCAUUUCAAGAUUUGGAAAGUCAUUCAAAAUCUUUGAUGAUGAUCGAAGCAAAAGUUUGGACAUAAAUGAAUUUACCAAGGGRAUGCAUGAUUAUAAAACUGGAUUAACAGCCGAGGAGAUAGAUCAGCUUUUCAAAAGGUUUGAUAAAGACAACGGUGGCUCYCUUAACUUUGAUGAGUUUCUGACUGGACUCAGGCCUAAAAUGAACGAUUCAAGAACUAAGAUWGUGAUGAAGGCUUUUGAAAAGUGUGACAAGACAGGGGACGGUGUCAUCACUGUAAAGGACCUGAAAGGUGUUUACAAUGUGCGACAGCACAAGAAGUUCCAGAGUGGUGAGUGGGAUGAGAGGAGAUGUUUGGAAGAGUUUUUACACAACUUUGAUUCAAAGGUUGAUCCUGACAACACAGUUACUAAGACUGAAUGGCUUAACUACUACUCUGGUCUUAGCGCCAGCAUUGACAACGAUGCCCACUUUGACCUUAUGAUAAGACAAGCCUGGAAACUGUAGGAUGUUUAUUUCCCAUUUAAGAAUGGUUUUGAAAACACACUGCAUUCAACCAUGUUUAAUAUAAUGAAGUUACUUGUUUAUCUUUAGAUAACAUAUUUUUGUAGCUAUAAACUUUUCAUUAUUGUGGUUAGAGAGGACAUUAACUCUGUGAAUCAAAAUCUGAUUGUUAAGGUGUAGUGAGCCUAGCAUUAGACAUUCAAGAAAACAAUGGAAUUAGGGCUUGCUAAGCUUCAUUUAGUAGUGCAGUAUGCGUUUAAUSACCUCACUCUAUUGUGCAAAAGUUAGAUUUUGUUUCACUGUUUUAAUAUUCUCUCACAUAAUUUAAUAGAUUGCUGACACUUUCAUGAAACAAUUAAACUAUUAAGUUCUAAGUCAUAGAAAACAAAGGAUUUUGUGCGGAAAGUACAUCUAUUUUAAUGAGUUAAGUGCGGCUUUAGUGCAGUUUUCAUCACCAUUCUUAUUGAUGUAUCCAUUUAUUAGUGUGCUUAACUAUUGUCAUAUUAAUAUAGCUUUUAUCUUAAUUUUAUUUAGAACUUUUUAAUUGUCAACUUUUAUCAUAGUUAAUACGUCUACAACUAUGAUUUUAUCUAAAAGAAGGUAUUAACACUGAAUAGACAUUUUUAACAUUAUGAUCACCAUUGUGGAAAACUCUUGAACUUUGUGGACAUUUUAUGGGUCAAUUUGACUCUCUAUUAUACGAAAAUGCAGUCAUCUUUUGAAACAACCAACCAUACCAAAUUGACCAUAUAGUUGUUUUUAUAAACUUGAAAAAUACAAAGCAAGAACGUACAAAAUGAAAAAGAGUUUCUUUGUUCAUGUUUUGGGGAGCAAACCAGUCUAACUUGAUUUUAAUUAUGUAAGUGCACGCUUUCACUCUUCGUUUUCAAGUUACAUCACAGCAACCAUCUUGGAGGAAUUUGAACUAAUAUUUCUCAUUAGUAUCUAUUGUUCAUCUCUCCAAGAUGGCUGCUGGUCUUUUAUCUUUUGAAUCUCGUGUGAAUGGUUGAAAAUGAUCAAUAGAGUGCACAAAUUGUUAUGRAUAACGCAAAUAACUACUUACGUACAAAGUAUAGCAUAGGAAUUGAGGUUUUCCUAUCGAAAAUUGGUUUUAGCGGGUUUGCUACCUCAAAACCUGAAGUUUUCAAAGUCUUUUUUAGUCCGAAAAAAAAGGAAUUUCAAGUAGUCUCUUUGUUACAACUGAAAAUUGUUCGUGUUUUAUGCCUUUAUGAGAACCAAUAUCAAAAGAAAUAAUUUUCCAUACAGUGUUCAUAUUUUGUGCUAUUGCUCAGGAUGGUGGCGAUACUGAUGAAAAGUCUAGUGUUGGUGAGGAAGGCUGGGUUCUUGUGUGGUGCUAUCAUCCUUGUCAAACCAAAUAGUGAGUUUACUACAUCAAGCCAAUCCAAAUUCAGUGUUGAAAAAAGCUCUAAACAAGAUUUGAUAACAUGGAAUUGUACGUCCACUAUUUUUGAAAAAGAUAGGUCCUUGUGCCUUAAGUUCAAUAAGACAAGAGCUUUUUGUUUGUUAGUUUUUAAGUUUGUUGUGGUCCAAAAUGGCAGAUUUUAACUAAUUCAUGGGUUGAGUAUAUUCAAACUAUUUGCUUCGAUGUGAUGAUAGCAUAUUGAAUUUAUUAUGACCUAGGCCUCAAAGUCCUUGCAUCUAGCCUUUAAAAUGUAUGUUGAAUAUUUCAAGGGCUACAUGCAGUGACUUACUAGUAUAAUAGUGCUAAGCCCAUGAAAUGUUAUUUAUUUUUAUUGUAUUCUCCAAGAAGUCCUUAGUAAAGAUUUUAUUGCAUUUAUUACUGUUAUAUUCAAUAAAUUUGACAUCUUUAGCAUAAAUACAAUACUCAAAUAUCAUAAAACUGAAAUGUUUCAUGGGUCUAGUAUUGUCAUAUCUUAACUUAGUUUAGUUGUUAUACUGAAAUUGAUUAACUUGUAAAUUUACUACUAUAAUUUCCUUUACAAUUGGUUUGUCUUAAUCUUUUCUUUUUCCUCGGGCAUUCUUCUUUCUAGUACAAUGUAAAUCUACUGUAUAAUUUGAUAAAAUAAAAGUUUACAUAUUA